GGAAUGAGCGGGUAGCCAUUUUCGCAUUUCAACAUUUGAAGGGUUUCAUCUUCCUCCUCUCUCCCACUCUGCCUAUUCCCAUGGAAUCCGAAGAGGGGCCCGCCGCCGCCGCCGCCGCCUCCUCAAGCCCGCCGCCGCCGCCACAUCCCGACGCCUCUCCCGUGGGAUCCCCCGAUCACGCGCUUGACGAUGUUCACGCGCUUCUGUCCGACGACGAUCACGAUCACGAUCUCGGCCAUGGCGAUGAUGGCGUUCAGGAAGAGGAGCCGGCGGCCGGAGCCGGCGGCGGCCUCACUGAAGAUCUCAAACGCAAAAUCAUUAAGCAGGUGGAAUAUUAUUUUAGUGAUGAAAAUUUGCGCACAGACAACCAUAUGAACAGUUGGAUUAGAAAGAACAAAGAAGGGUUUGUUCCUGUUGGAGUUAUUGCUUCCUUUAGGAAAAUGAAAAAGCUUAUUAGAGACAAUGCUUUGGUAGCCGCUGCACUGAAGGAGUCUAACUUUGUUGUUGUGAGUUCAGAUGAAAAGAAGGUAAAGCGACUUCACCCUUUUCCACUCGCUGCUGUGAGGGAUCCAAAGUUAUAUACUGUUUUGGUAGAGAAUUUACCUGAGGAUCAUUCAGUGGAGAAUCUUCGGAGAAUAUUUGGUGAAGCUGGAAACAUAAAGCACAUAUGCGUACGAGACCCGCAUGCAACAGAAGAAUCAUCAAAAAGUGACAGGGCUGAGAAAUUUCUCAGCAGUAAGUUACAUGCCCUUGUGGAGUAUGAGACUGUAGAGGCUGCUGAGAAAGCUGUGGCUAGUUUGAAUAAUGAACAGGACUGGAGAAGUGGCAUGCAUGUCAAGCUUCUGAAGAGAAUGGCAAGGCAUGGGCAGAAAAAACAAACUUGGAGGGGGCCUGAGCCUGAGAAGAAUCAUGCUGGCCGUUUGCCAGAUCGGACCGGAGAUGAGGGCAAUCAUAACUCAAGCGAGCAUCAUGAUGAUACACCUGAUGAAGAGGCUGGGCCACAUUUGCACAAAGAGAAAAACGAGCAUAGAGAUAGAGGUAGAAAUCGAGGACGAUCGGGCAGACAAAAACAUCGUGGUCCUAAUGGUCAUGGAACUACUUGGUCUGGUCAUUCCCACGAACCACCAAAGCCACCGCCUGGCCCCAAAAUGCCCGACGGAACUAGGGGAUUCACAAUGGGGCGUGGUCGACCUCCAAUUUCCAAUCAAAGUUAGCAUAGCCACUGCUGAUCAUCUUACGUUUAAAACAUUCUUGUGAAUUUAUCCAUUUUCCACGCAUCCAUUUUCCACACAUUGCAGUGAGCGUGGAAUUUGGAAGUUGCUGGAAAUGGACGCAUCUGGAAGUGUUUGAAAGUGCGUGUGCAAUGGACAACCCAUGUAUUUCGUAUUUAUCUUUUGUAAUAUUAUAAUUUGUAUGAAAAUUCGUCUUUCAUGGUGUGUAUGAAUUGCUUUCUAGAUGACAUAAACGGCAUGAAAACAAGUAUGACAAUCGAAAACUUUUUCCUUUUUCUUUUUUCCCCCUUUGAAAG